AUGUCGUCCCCGAGCUUCAGCACACAACCGCCAAAGACGCAGUACUGCAUCCUCUCGUUUCCAGCCCCCUAUGUCUUACUCGUCACGCUCAACCGACCCAAGGAGCUCAACUGCAUCAACAUAGCCGGCCAUGCUGAGCUCGACCAAGUCUGGUCCUGGCUAGACCGCGAACCCGCCCUCCGCGUCGGCAUCAUCACCGGCGCCGGGCGCGCCUUCUGCGCGGGCGCAGACCUCAAAGAAUGGAACCAGUCAAACUCAUCCGAUACGCCGCGCCCGCAAGUCGCCGCCUCAGGCUUCGGCGGGCUCUCGCGGCGCUCCGGGCUCAAGCCAGUCAUCGCUGCCCUCAAUGGACUGGCGUUUGGCGGCGGCUGUGAGAUGAUCAUCAACGCGGAUAUCGUCGUCGCGGCGCCAACGGCGACCAUCGCCCUGCCCGAGGUCAAGCGCGGUGUCGUGGCGCUGGCUGGAGCGCUGCCGCGCCUCGUGCGCACCGUUGGAAAGCAGCGCGCAAUGGAGAUGUCCCUCACGGGACGCACGAUACCUGCGCAGGAGGCGAGGGAGUGGGGGCUCGUGAAUAAGGUCGUGGGUGAUGGCGAGGGAGAGGUUGUGAAGGAGGCGUUGAGGUUGGCGGAGAUGAUUGUGGACAAUAGCCCGGAUGCGGUGAUUGUGACGAGGGAGGGUGUGAAGAUGGGGUGGGAUGGCGUGGGUGCAGAGGAUGCGACCAGAAUUUGGGGCGAGAGCUGGUACCCGCGACUGUUGGCAGGUGAGAAUAUGAAAGAGGGCGUGAGGGCAUUUGUGGAAAAGAGGAAGCCGGAAUGGAAGGCGCCUAAAUUGUGA